GCUGCUCUGACACUUGCCACGUUGUGGUCGACCACUCCUAGUUCCUUGCCAUGGCACCGCACUUGGAGCAGCUGCAGCAUCCUCCAAUCAGUAUAGACAAGGUGCCCGAAUGGCAAGAAGAAGAGGAUUGCUGUUUCAAGCUGCCAAUACAGGACGCAGCCAGUGAGAUCUCCAAAAUGAACCUCAAGAACCCAGAGCUCAUGCGGACGACUGUUCCAUCAAAAGCUUUGCGCUUCUUCGGCCGGGCCUUGAGGGAAAAGAGCUUCGACCGUGAGAUCUAUCACUUGAGCUCAACAACCGAAAAGGUGAAUUGCUUUUGGAGCCAUUCCUGGCAUGCAACCGCUUGGACGAAGAUCUUACUCCUCUUGGUCGUGUACAAUGGUUGUGCAGCCGUGGCGGCUGGCAUGUGUGCGGCCUUAUUGGGGAUGGGUCUAUUUGCUUUAGGACUGCUCCCCGGAUAUCCAAGAGUGUUUCCAGUGGAAGGUGUAGCAUAUGAGGUUGGCCCUUGGGGGUUAGUUGCUGGAUGCCUUGGAACGCUCCUGGUGCUUUUUCUUUGGCAGCCCUCCUCAUCGCGCGUCUUCUUUGGCCGGAUUUGCAUUCAUCAGAGAGACCAAGAGCUCAAAUCCGCCGGAAUCCAGAGUAUUGGUGGGAUUAUGAAGCAUUCGGAAACUAUGCUGGUCUUGUUUGAGCCGAGCUACAUUACGAGGCUUUGGACGAUCUUUGAGAUUGCGGGCUUUCUCAAAAGUCAUGGAGAUCGUGCUGGAUUAUCUUCCUGCUUGAUCAUCCUGCCUACUUUUUUGGGUCCAACGGCGGUUGCAAUCUUUCUUUCUGCGACAAUGAUCAACAUGAGCAUUGUCCUCAACUAUGGUGGCCGGGUGCAGACGAUUCUAGCAGUGACAUUGGUGGUUCUGUGCAUUUGUGUGAUCGGCAUCCAUUGUUUGCGUGGCUAUUUCCGAUGGAUUGAUGAAUGCUGCAGUCAGCUCAAGAACUUCUCGAUGGAAAACGCCGAUUCUCACUGCUGCCGAACCAACCAUUUAAAUGAAGCGGGCAAUACGAUCAUGUGUGACAGGGAGAUCAUCACUGAAUGUAUCCGCUUGUGGUUCGGCAGCGAGGAGGCCUUUGAAUCCUGUGUGAGGUCUGAUGUGGCCACUGUUCUCAUAGAAGGAGUCUCGGAUUUGCUUGUAAUGUGUUUGAUUUGUGUCAAGCAGCGGCUGGGGAGCGGAAUGGAAGGAUUUGUGUCAAGCUACUUCUUCACUGAGAGAGUUGUUGAUUUGGUGGCUGAGUUGUUGAUUUUAAGCAUUCUCAUGGCAAGUUGGCCUCGUUGAAGCCAUCAACGAGGAAGCUUCCAGGUGUGACUUACACCUUGGACUUUUUCACCAUGGUGCAAUGUAAAUCCUAUGUAUCACUGGUAGAACGGUCAAUCGGACCCCCAAAAUGCAUCAAAAACGCCGUGGUUGUUGAGACCUCGCAAGAAUGAGACCAAAAAAUCUCCAGAAGCGAACCUUCGCACUGUCCGAAAAAGAACCUUCGCGUUCGAACGUGUUUGGAGCGACGCGAGUUCGCGUCAUUUUGGUAAACCACACAUCCGGGAAGCCGAGCGCCGUGAAUGAAAAGGAAGAAUAGGAGUGAAGGUCGAUUUGAAAUGACAAAGGCACGACUUAGAACAUGAAUCAUCGCUACGCAGCUUACGAGGAGAAGCACACGUGCAAAGGUUGGCACGCUUUGCACUAAGGUUUGCGACGGCACACGUUCACUUUCAGAUGGCUGGCGUCUAGGUUUGCCUGAGUUGUGUGUAUUUAUAUAUAUAUAUAAAUAUAUAAGAAUUUAUUAUAUAUGAUUAUGUAAUUUAUGAGUUAUGUGUGUUCAAAGAUCCGUUUGGCAGGGGAGUCGGAAUUUCAUAGAUCAGGGUUGAGAUGUUGAGCUGGUUUGGGCAAUUGCAGGAAGGAGAGUUGUAUCUAACCCAGAUUGGUUAAUAAUUGAUCAACCUCUCAUGAAACAUGCUGUUCACCUUUCAAGCUGUGCAUUUGGGGCAAAAAGUCGCCCAAAUGUCUGGCAUCCCUCGCAGCCCUCGCAUUUGGCCCUUUUCGGGACUGGCGUGAUCGAUCUCGCCGAACUCACAAAGAAGGGACUGGAAACACAUAUUUGAAGCAACCAGUAUACCCGAAUAGUGUGCUUUUUGACAACUAAAGGCUGAAGCCUGUUAAAAUCCAACAUGAAGCAAAGAUCCAAGGUGGCUGUGAGCAUGCCCACGAGUUGGGUGUGCGGAGACUUGUUGGUGGCGCGCCUCCGAGUCGGGGAGUUCUACUUCUCGGCGGUCGCAGCCAUCGUGGCUCUGGCGUGGUGGUUCGGCCUCAUCCCCUUGUGCGCCCUUUUGUGCCUCAUGGUGUCUUCGAAUCCCCGCCAGAGGAAGAAUCAAUGCAUGGACCACAUGGUCACAGUGUUGGGG